AACAAAGGGGCGGGGCCCUGGCUGCUGUGGCCUCCCCUGACCCCCUCCCCCCGCUGCUGGGGUCCUCGGGAAAGUCCCCUUCUCACUGGACUGAGACAUGAGACUCAGCUGGGUCCUGACAGUACUGUCCAUCUGCCUGAGUGCCCUAGCCACGGCCGCGGGGGCCGAGGGCAAACGGAAACUACAGAUCGGGGUCAAGAAGCGGGUAGACCACUGUCCCAUCAAAUCGCGCAAAGGGGAUGUCCUGCACAUGCACUACACGGGGAAGCUGGAAGAUGGGACGGAGUUUGACAGCAGUCUGCCCCAGAACCAGCCCUUUGUCUUCUCCCUGGGCACCGGCCAGGUCAUCAAGGGCUGGGACCAGGGGCUGCUGGGGAUGUGUGAGGGGGAAAAGCGGAAGCUGGUGAUCCCAUCAGAGCUGGGGUAUGGAGAGCGGGGAGCUCCCCCAAAGAUUCCAGGUGGUGCAACCCUAGUGUUCGAGGUGGAGCUGCUCAAAAUCGAACGACGUUCAGAACUGUAGCCAAGCUGGGGAGAGGGCCGGUGGAGAGGCCCCCAUCAGGGACCAGACUAUUAAAAAAAAAAAGAAAACCACACACACAUAAACAAAAAACAAAAAAAAAACUCUUA